GUGGCAAGAAGCUGCCGUUUUUGGCGCGGAUCCCUUUUAUGAAUGCAUCCGUGGCCUACAAUACCCAUGGACGCCGCCCCAGCCACAGAGAUGCCGGGGGUGUCAGGGAAUGCAUCGAGGGCCGUUUCAUGAACCACGCUGCCACCACUGGCCGUGCAGCCGCCGCCAAAGGACGAGGCCAGGACAGUGCGAAAGAAUUGCUGCAGCAGCUUCCCGUCGCGCUGGGCGGAUACCGACCUGGGCACAACGAUACUGCCCCAGGUCCCAAACAGCGGGGCGAGGCCCAAAGACAGGCGCCACGGGGUCCUUCCCACGAGCCUCCCUGGAUGCAGCAGAAUCGGCGGGGUGCGCGUGCCGACGUGGCCGUUGUUCCGCCCUGGGCACAGGACACCUUCACGAUGCCGUUUCCACGGAAGCGUGAGGGCGAAGCGCAUCGGAAGCGUCACCAAAGCUUGCCGGAGGAGGCCAUUCGGCCAAAGAUCGGCGACACUACGCUUUUUGGUGCGCCGCGGGCACAGGAUCAUCCGAACCCGGCACAGGCGCAUCAGCACACGCCUCACCUGCCGAAAGCCAGGGAUGGCACCGCGGUGGCCUUUGUCAGCAAGGCUGCGGAGCCGAACUCUCAGUACCGCGCCUACAUGGAGGACAAGUAUUGUAUCAUAGAUCCCUUCAUGGAUGGCGAGCUUGGUAACGAGACGUGGGCCUUCUUCGCCGUUUACGACGGCCAUGGCGGCGUCUUGGCCGCGGAGCACUGCGAGGCGGAGCUCCACAAGGUGCUUGCUUCGGAGCUACGGCACGCCUUAAAGAGCGCGCCUAAGCGGCCGAGCUCACCCCUUCGGGACGAGGUGGUAGCAGAGGCAUUGACCCGAACUUUUCAGAAGGCCGAUGACCAGCUACGCCAGGUCGGCGCAUGGCGCUUCGGUUGCACCGCCACCGUAGCUUUGGUGAGGAGGCUUCCGCAGGGCAUGCGCGUCCACGUCGCAAACGUUGGGGACUCUCGCGCCGUUACCGUCGAUGGAUCGGGAGGAUCCACGCGGCUGUCUGUUGACCAUCGGCCGACCGAUGCUGCAGAGGCACGACGCAUCCGCGAGGAGGGCGGCUUCGUAACCAUGGGACGUGUCUCAGGUGAGUUGGCGGUGAGCCGCGCCUUGGGAGAUCUCCUGCUGAAAAACUCAGGCCUUAGCUGCAAGCCCUCCGUCCGGGCCCACGAUGCCAAGCGCGACCUGGCGCUGGUCUUGGCAAGCGACGGCUUGUGGGACUUUGCUGAGGAGAAGGAGGUGGCCAAAGUUGUCGUGUCCUGCAGUCGGAAUGGGUUAGACCACGUUGCGCACAGGCUCGUGCAAGAAGCACAGCGAACAGGCUCCAUGGACAACAUCACCUGCCUUGUCAUCUUCAUGUAG